AUGGUUACUGCAUACUGUCAGCAGGGUACACCUCCUUAUAUAACACCUUUCGAUUAUCGCAUUCGCGUACAUCUGUUUCAAUGUAUGCGUGAUUCCGGAAUAUUGGACCCCGAUGACCGUUUGUUUGAUGUGUUUGAUGAAAAUAAUGACCAGAUUCUUGCGAUUUAUGAUGAGCAAGAUGAUUGUGCAGAUAGACCGGCGCAUUUUGCAGUAGGAGGUGCGUCGUCUCCCUCAACGUCUUCCCCGACAACGAUUAAUGCAGUGGAAGAUUGCAACGAUGGGUCCAACAAUGCAUGUUCCAGUUCUAGUGAUGGGGACAUUGUUGAAAUAACUAGCUUAGCCGAGCCUCCAAGGAAUGGUCUGAAAGUUCUAGAGGAUGCCUCAAGCUUUGGUGGCGGUCAGUCAUUAUCGUCAUUUUCUGUAAAUCAAAGUGCUAGCUUUGUUCAUCCGGCUUAUAAACAACGGCGAUCUGGCGUUUCAAGUGCUAUAAAGAUUCACUCUGCAGCAGUUAAAGUGUGUGAGCCAUCUUCAGAAACGUGCAAGACUUCGACGAAUGCAGAGUUGGAGCGAAGGUUUGUUAAAAGCGGUAACGCAGCUCAUGCUGCUCGUUCAUCGCUUUUAGGCGACGGGGCAGCGGUUCUUCUGCGGUCGUCAGCUCGAAAAUCUCGGAUUACGGAGAGUUUUUUUGAAGCCAAGGAGAAGCUGGAGCAAACGUUAGCUGCUGAAAAUGACCAUUCUCGAUCCUCUUCAUUAUCAAACGAAAAAUGCCUGUCAUUAUUUCCCGCUGUAAACCCUUUGCAGACGGUCGUGGUGCUUUCUGAUUCGUUAGUCAAUCAACCUUUAGGAAUAGAGAUUUCUCCUGUGUAUGACCCUGUGAACGAUGCUCGGCUGCAGUCUGUAGAAGUUAGGCAGAUCGACGAAGAAGGUCGUGUUGCUGCUGACGGGCGGAUUAAGUUAGGCGACCAUAUAGUUGAAAUUAAUAGUCGUCCUGUUUAUCAGAUGUCAAUAUCACGAGCUCGUGUAUAUUUGCAUGAAUUGCUGUCAGUAGCUCAUCCAACAUUGACGAUCAACCGCCCGAUAGACACUUUUGAUAGUCCAAAGCACCAUCUAAAAAAAGAAGGCGGCCAAGUUUCAGCAAGCACUCUAAUGAAACGUCCAAUAUAUUCUGCUUUACAACAGGCAAAUACUACAGCAAUUGGAGCAACAUUACGCGUACAUGUUGAGAAAGGUAAUCAAGGAUUCGGGUUCUCUGUCACUGGUCGGGACACUGCCAAAGGAGAAAGGUUGUUCUAUAUAGGAACUGUCAGGCCUGGUGGCCCCGCCUUUGGUGUUUUGAAAGUCGGAGACCGUCUGUUGGAGAUUGAUGAGGAAGCAACGAAAGGUUUACAGCAAAGUGAUGUUGUAGCUCGCCUGAAGGAAUAUAAGUCUGGGGAUAAAGUUAAUCUUCUUAUUUCUCGGAUGGAAAAAGAACCUGAGGGCUCGCACGAGGACCAGUUACCUAGGUUAGCUACAGGUCUCAUAAAAGAUCCUGAGCAAAGUGAACCUGAGAAUAAAACCGAAAAAGUUGGGAAAGAUUAUGGAAAGCUUGAAGAAAUUUUGGUUCUUGAUAUCCCACUGAAUGAUACUGGGAGCGCAGGUCUUGGUUUAAGUCUCAAAUCCCGAGCAAUUAUGAAGCCGGAUGGCUCUCGCCGAGAUUGCGGAAUCUUCAUUAAGAAGGCACUUUUUUUUUUGUGUAUAUUCUGCUUUUUUUCGGAGAAGUGCCUCUUUAAUUUUCUGAGUCUCCUUCGGGAAUUUCAGGUUCUCCAUGGAGGUGCAGCUUAUAAGGAUGGCAGAUUAAGGGUGAAUGAUCAGCUUAUAGGUAUUGAAAGCGUCAAUUUAAAGGCAUUAAGAAAGAAUUCAGAGGCAAGCGAUGCAAUUACGAAAUGCUUGAAAACUAUCGGACCAUCAGCACCAACGGUUCGACUGACAGUUUCUCGCGCUGUUAUCCCUGAAUCAAACAACACAACUUGUCGCGUUUUUCCAGAUGAGAAGCAGAAUGCUUUGUUUGACUGCUCAGCAGCUAAUCCUUCGGCUUCUGCUGAGAUCUCUAGAGUUCAUAUUGAAGGCUUUGAAGACUAUGGAACUGUAGUCAAAAGUCGUUCAGAAGAUGAAGACAAAGGAGUCAUUGUUCCAAGUAGGAGAAGAGCGAACAGUACUGACGAGUCGAACUCGAUUAUUUGGACCGAAAGAGCUUCGUUAACUGGAGAGCAGCGUUGUCUUUCUGAAGAUGAAUUAAGUCAUGUUGAUAAGGAUGUGUUUAGUCGAGAGAAUCCGACUAGAAGAUCUAUAUCCGAGAAACGUCAUAUGGGUUCCUCGAACGAUCCAAGUCGUACUGCAGUUUUUCAGAGGAUAAAGCACUCUAGACAAACAAGCGCUCCAGCACUGCGUGCGGCUGCUUCAAGUUAUAAUUCUUCACAGUGUGACUUUAGUUUUUCGUUGCGUUCUUCCUCUUCAUUAGGAGAAGAGGAGUCAGGUCUAGUUCGUGGACCUGUCAGUUUAAUUAAGGAUACCGGUGUGGAAACCUUGGCUUCUAAAAUACCUAGUACGUUUUAA